AUGCCGACCACAAUCAUCAUCGGAUCCCAAUGGGGUGACGAGGGCAAGGGCAAGCUGACCGACAUCUUUUGCUCCAAAGCUGAUAUUGUUGCCCGUGCGGCCGGCGGGCACAACGCUGGACACGUCGUCCAGGCCAACGGAAUCUACCACAACUUCCGCCUCCUCCCCUCCGGGCUCAUGGUCCCCAAGUGCCUCGCCCUCAUCGGCACCGGCGUCGUCUUCCACAUCCCGACCUUUCUGCAGGAGCUCGCCGACCUGAUCCGCGAGGGCGUGCCCGACGCCGCCGAGCGCGUCUUCGUCUCCAAUCGCUGCCACGUCAACUUUGACCUGCACGCCGCCGUCGACGCCGCCCAAGAGGAGGAGCUCGCCGGCCGCGCCGUCGGCUCCAUGCGCCGCGGCAUCGGCCCCUGCUACGGCACCAAGGCCGUCCGCAGCGGCGUCCGCCUCGCCGAGAUCUUCGACGAGGCCGCCUUUGAGGACAAGCUGCGCCGGCUGGCCGACGGGUUUCGUAAGCGCUUCGGGCCCCUGCUCAAGUAUGACGUGGAGGACGAGAUCGCGCGCUUCCGGGGUUACAGGGAGGCGAUAGAGAAGCAUGUGGUGGACGGCGUGCUGUUCAUGGCGCGCGCGGAGGAGAGGGGCGCGAACAUUGUAGUGGAGGGCAGCCAGGCCAUCCUGUUGGACAUUGACUACGGCACGUACCCGUACGUCACGAGCUCGAGCGCGGGGCUGGGCGGUGCCAUCUCCGGCCUGGGGCUGAACAUCCGCUGCGUCAAGGAGGUUAUUGGCGUCGUCAAGGCCUACACGACCCGGCUCGGCCCCGGAGGGUUCCCGACCGAGGACUCGGGCGAGGUCGGAAAACACCUGCAAGAGCUCGGCGGCGAGUACGCCGCGGUGAUAGGCCGCAAGCUGAGAUGCGGAUGGCUCGACCUCGUGGCCCUGCGCUACUCGUGCAUGGUCAACCACUACGACAGCCUGCAGCUCAGCAAGAUUGACGUCCUCAGCACCUUCGAGACCAUCAAGGUCGGCAUCGCCUACCGCGACCGCGAGACGGGCAAGGAGAUCGCGUCCUUCCCGGCCAACCACGCCUUGCUCGAGCGCGUCGAGGUCGUCUACGACGAGCUGUCCGGCUGGAACACGCGCAUCGCCAAGCUGCGCGACUGGUCCGAGCUGCCCAACGAGGCCCAGGACUACGUCAAGUACAUUGAGCGCUUCGUGGGUGUAAAGAUCAAGUGGAUUGGAACCGGCGCCGAGCGAGAGGACCUAAUUACGCGGGAAUAA